CAGGGGGAGUGUGUCCUAGAGCUGUGUGGGGAAAGGCGGGGAGGCAGGGUCUUGGGGUCAGAUGCAGCUCAGGGACAGGCUAAGACGAGACCCAGGGUGUCCUCGGGGAUGCAAUGAAGGCGCCCCUGGGGUGGGAGGGGCUGAGGCAGGCAGGGAAGUGGGGGUGGUUCAUGGGGACAGGGGUCAAGAGAAGAUUUCUUUUCUAGUUUUAGGGUGGGAGCGCUUUUUCAGCAGGUUUGUGAUGUUGACAGGAAUGCUGAAGUAGAGAGGAAACAGUGGAUGAGGCAGCAAAGAAGGGGGCUGGAGCGAUGUCCCAGGGGAGUGGGCGGAGGGACCCGUGCCUGGCGGGGUUGGGACACAGUCCCAGGGCAGAUGCCGCUGGGGCAGCUUGUUCUGCCGGCCCCUGGGAGUGAAGAGGAGGAUCUGAGCUGAAAGCCUGGUCUGAUCUGAGUUGAAAAUCUCCCCCCAGGCCAGCAGGCUCCUGCGGAGGGAGGGCGGGACAGGGAGGGUUUAGACUUGCCGGCCACGUGGCUACAGCUCUGCCCUCUGAAGUCACCAGGACUCAGCUAGGGGACAGGCCAGGGUCGUGUGUGCUGUGACAGCGGUGCGUGAGGAGGCUGGGGCAAAGAGGGUGCCUUCUGCCCUCCAAGCCCAGCAACACCCCGAGUGAGGGGGAAGCCAGUGGCCUAGGGCGAAGUUGGCUGACCUGCUCUCCUCAGGGAUGGGGGCUUGGAAAGGUGGGGCUGAUUUGCACUUUUUGGUGCUGCUGGAAGGUGGUGGGCAGGACGCAGGCCAUGCUGAGGUGGAGGGCCAUCCCCCGUGAGGGUGUGCAGAGUGGGAGGGAGGCCAUGGGCCGUGGGGGUUUCCUGACCCCAUGCCCCUCGCUAGCCUGCACAUCCUGGCCUCUCCAGGCUGGGCGCUUCGUUCCUUCAGUCCUGGGCAGUUUCCCCAAGUUGUCUCCGGUGAUCCUCCCUCCUCUCUGCUCUGCUGUCUCUUUGUAGGGCUCCCCUGAGUAACAUACGGGACCCUUUUCUCUUCCUUUCCCCUGUGAGAAAGUAAAGUUCAGGGAGUGGGAGCGCUUGUCCGUUUUUAUUAUCUGUGCCUGCAACCAGGCACCCGGGGUGGGGGCUCAAAUGCUGCUGAGAAGUUAUGCAGGCCUCCUGCAGGUUACUAGGGUCCCUGGACUGUGCUGUCCUAAAGCGACUGGGGCCACAGAUCUGGACACUGGACAUGGUUCAUGUGAUGAAAAGCAAAUGAGAAAGAGUUUUCAGAAUCAAAAAAAAAAAAAAAAAGAUAAAAAUGACAGCCUGAUCUCAGAGCUUGGUAAAAGUCACUGACUUAGCACAGGCACAGCCUCUGUCUAGAGAGCUUUCCACAAAGUCAAAAGGGUGGAAAGAAGCUUGAUUAUCUUGGAGGCAGCAGUUGGGAACACUGACGGACAGGGCACACUAGGCACCACAUAAAUCAUACCAGCAGGGAACUGUAGCCCGGCAAAUAACGGAAGAACCCCUGAACCCGCAGUGGUGUGGUUUGUGGUUCAUACGUUAACUCACAGGAGAGAAGGGAAGCUCCCCUCAGAGCCGAAGGCCGACUGAUACAUGCAGGUGGACGGAUGGAUGGAGAAAGUCACCUUUACAACCAUCCUAAGAACUGAUACAGGCUCCAGCAAGGUGCUGCUGAGGCCACGGACGUCCCAGGAGGUGGCUCACAUCCUCAGGUACUGUCACGAGAGGAACCUGGCCGUGAGCCCACAGGGGGGCAACACGGGCAUGGUGGGGGGCAGCGUCCCCGUCUUCGAUGAGAUCAUCCUGUCUACCACCCUGAUGAACCAGGUCAUGAGCUUCCACGACGUGUCCGGGGUGCUGGUGUGCCAGGCGGGCUGCAUCCUGGAGGAGCUGGGCCGGUACGUGGAGGAGCGGGGCUUCCUCAUGCCCCUGGACUUGGGGGCGAAGGGCAGCUGUCACAUCGGGGGCAACGUGGCGACCAAUGCGGGUGGCCUGCGGUUCCUUCGAUACGGCUCGCUGCGUGGGACCGUCCUGGGCCUGGAAGUGGUGCUCGCGGACGGCACGAUCCUGAACUGCCUCACGUCCCUGCGGAAGGACAACACGGGCUAUGACCUGAAGCAGCUCUUUAUUGGGUCGGAGGGCACCCUGGGAGUCAUUACUGCCGUGUCCAUCCUGUGUCCGCCCAAGCCCAGUGCCGUGAACGUGGCCUUCCUUGGCUGUCCUGGCUUCGCAGAGGUGUUGCAGACCUUCAGCACCUGUAGGCAGAAGCUGGGCGAGAUCCUGUCUGCAUUCGAGUUCAUGGAUGCUGAGUGCAUGAAGCUGGUGGAGCUGCACCUCCGGCUUGCCAGCCCCGUGCGAGAAAGUCCGUUCUAUGUCCUCAUCGAGACCUCAGGCUCUGGAGCGGGACAUGAUGCCGAGAAGCUGAGCGACUUUCUGGAGCAGGUCCUGGGCUCCGGGCUGGUGACUGAUGGGACCCUGGCCACCGAUCAGAGGAGAAUCAAGAUGCUGUGGUCCCUGAGGGAGAGGAUCACAGAGGCCCUGAGCCGGGAUGGCUACGUGUACAAGUAUGACCUCUCCUUGCCUGUGGAGCGGCUCUAUGACCUUGUGUCGGAUCUGCGCGCCCGCCUCGGCCCGCGGGCGAAGCACGUGGUGGGCUAUGGCCACCUGGGGGACGGCAACCUGCACCUCAACGUGACGGCCGAGGCCUUCGACGUGUCGCUACUGGGCGCCCUGGAGCCCUAUGUGUACGAGUGGACAGCCAGGCAGCGGGGCAGUGUCAGUGCCGAGCACGGCCUGGGCUUCAAGAAGAGGGAUGUCCUCUGCUACAGCAAGCCACCUGAGGCCCUGCAGCUCAUGCAGCAGCUCAAGGCCCUGCUGGACCCCAAGGGUAUCCUGAAUCCCUACAAGACGCUGCCCGCCCGUGCCUGACUGCCCCUGGGGUUGGUGGGAGCCUCUGGAGGGGCUGUGAUCCUGACUUGGAUUUGCCCAUGGGUGGGCCUGCAGGCCCGGCGUGGGCUCGGAGGGCUUCCCUCCAGUGGAGCCAACAGCUGGGGGGAAUUGGCCUCCUGGUCGGAGGGGCUGGGAACGGCCCUGCGGAGCCUGGGACACAGGGCUUGGGGCAGGACUCUUUGGGGUCUGCUGGUUCUGGGGUCGCUGAGCGGAGAUCCGCCCAGUCUGCUCUGCCUGUCCUCUGGGCGGGCACUCCAUCCCUUCGCAGGUCCUGAACAGGCCGGGAGGGAGAGCAGUUCUGUCUGCUCAGAGUAGACCAGGCCGCCCCUUCCUUGCCUGUGGCCCCCGGAAUUCUGCCUCAUGGGGUGCAGCCCUAGGAGGGGGCAUGGGGGUCCUUCUGCUGGUUCCACACUGUGCGAACCUCCCAGGGGCCUGGGCAGAGGUGAUGAACUCCAUGUGGGCAGUGGAGCGCUGGGAGGCUGGUCCAUCUGAGGCUCUGACCACCAGAGCCUGGAUCUUCGGCAUUAUAAGGACGACUGGGGACCGGUGACUGCUGGUCAUGUUUGAGGCAGAGUGACAGGAAUGCCCCCACCCUGGAAGGUAUCAUCUCCCCCGUUUUCUAGAAGGCCCAUCAGUUGGCAAGACCGUUGUCAGAAGCCAGGCAUUUAUUUCUCGCACUUGGUGGUUUGCUGUGUUGUGUUCACGGAGAUGAGUGUUUCUGGUUCUGCUUUUACCAUGAUUGUCAGUGGUGUCAGGUGAGAAGCCCUGCCAGGCACAAGCAAGGCAUCUGCGACAGAGCGGUUUCCAGACACGACGUCACUUACCCUCAUGGGUCCUCCCUGUUGACUUGGUCCCUGGGGCAGCUGCUUGGGCUGUGGAGACAGUCUGGGAGGUUGGACAUAUGUUUUCUCUUCCUGGCUGCCAUGAACUUCCAGUAAAAAUGGGAAUUGGUCAUGACACUCUCCUUUCUUCUGUCACUAGGACCAUAAUGUCAUAAUAGCCCACGUGAAGUGCCUGUGUACCAUGUUCCUAAAGCACCCGAACAUCAGGGCUGACAGAGUGACCUGGGGCUGGAUCCUGUUCCUGUCCCCACCCCCGUCCCCACGCUGUGUCCCUUGUGCCCAUGCCCCACUGUGUGACGCAGCCCUGUCUUGUCCGGCCCCUGGGGCAUGGUCUCCGUUUCCUGAAGCUCAGAGGCGGGUCAGUUCUUGUUGGUGAUGUGCAGGGAGGGGCUUUGUGGUACAGAGUGACUUUCCAUAAAAAGCUUUAGGGCUAAGUAUGUUUCUUUUGGAGAAUGAAAAUAAUGCAUGAAUUAUUAAAAGGCUUUAAAAAGUGGGGCCUUUUAGCUGGAGUAGGGGUGGGGCUUUGAGAUAGUGGCCUAGUGACCUGGGUGGAAGGGAGGAAGUAGCAGGAGGAACUCUGUUUCCGGGAAGGAUGAGUUGGCCCCCAAGAUGCCUAAAAGUGAAGUAGGAACUGUUUUCCUGCAGUUCACUCCUGGGGUUCACCCCGAGAAUCCACCUGUGCACAGGUGCACAUGCAGACACAGUGCACACACACAGGCACACGUGCACACUUGCACACGUUGGUGUGCCCCUGGGACGUGCACGGAGCACUGUCUGUAGGUGGUCAGUCACUGGCCAGGCCAUCCAGGUGCCUGUUGAGAAGGAGGCGGGUGUGUGCCUCAAGCCCCUGGACAGAGGGCCAGGGAGAAGAGAGGUGGCGGGUAGCUCACCUCCUGCUUCUGAGAAGGGACGUUGACUCUCAGAAGCUAGGUCACUGCAGUUGGGGCUCACGUUGGGGAGGGUUCCUGGAGCUUGGGGUCAGGUGGGGAAGAGAUGUUACUUUUUGUAUUUUUUGGAUGAUUUGGGCUUAUGUGUUUAUUUUGCCAAGCACGUGUACACUUUUAUAAAGCAGGCGCACGCUGAUUCAGAGAUCUCGUGGGAGCCGGCUGCUGCUGGGCUGCAUGGGUGUGGCCGGUCAUGGGCUGCAUCCUCCGUCCCCUCCCCGUUACCCAAACAGAGCCUGCUCUGAAGGGACCCCAAGCCCCUGCUGGCCCAGCUGGCCCCUGAUGCUGCCUCCCUGGCCAGGGUCCUCUGGCUGUGGAUGAACCACACCCUGGUGGAGGUGGGUGUUCUCCUGGGGGGUUUCUUGGGCCCAGCACAAUUUCAGGGCAUGGGUCAGGGGUCCAUCUCAAGGCCCCGUGCUGGCCCAGCAGGUAUGCUUGUCAGGACACCUGUAACUGCCUCCCUAGUCCAGGUGGCCCUCUUGUCUCUGUCCUCAACUGGUCCCUCCUGCUCUCUGCAAGGAUUUAAAACAAGGGUCCUCUCCCCACCGGUUGCCAGCUGUCCAUGACCUCGCCUGUUCCAGGGCCUGACUGGGCCUGUCACUGUGGGCCACUGCUGGCUGCAGGGCCGCCAUUGGGACUCCUGUGGGCCCCAGCCUCACCGGCCCCGAGAGCUGGCUCUGUCCUCACGGCCAUGGCCACUAUUCCACUGUCCCUGGCUGGGCACUCAGCAUGAUGGAGCUGCCCAAGGCUCAUGGCAGCUCGCCUCUCUGCCUCCACCCUGCCGAGGCCAGCAGGUGUUCUGGUGCUCAGCAUCUGACCCCCUGGAAGCCCCCAGUUUUGAGGCUGCGUUUCCCCAGCUGCUUGUGAGCUGGAGACUCGGGCUGCCCCAUCCAGUGGCCUGGGUGGAGGAGGUGGUGGUGAUGGGCCGUGGAAGGUAGGCACGUGCCAGGCAUUUCCUGCCAGUGGGACCUUGAGGGCAGUGGGCUCUCAAACAGGGGUGGGAUCCACCGGCCACCGACCCUUGUCCUGGGACUCACAGUGGCAGGGGUGCGGAUGCCGUUUCCUGUGCUUCCCUCAGCCCGUGAUGGCUCACUUCUGCCUCUCACACCCCCUCCCCUGCUUGUCUCUGUGCCAUCUUAGUGGACAGUGUCUUGGAAUCAGUGAACCGCAACACAGCCUGGUAGAGUGGACACGGGACGGAAGCCCGCGGGUGUGAGGAAGGACAGGGAGGUCUGGAGUUUUCACACCUCCAGAAAAACCUGCUGGAGCAGCAGGAAAACCAGAGGAAACCCAUCGCAUCCUGGCAGGCGGGGCUGUCAGAACCUGUGGAUGCAGACUGGACAACACCACAGACCCCCGGUGCCCGCGGAGAACACGGCUAUCCUGAGCGCACUUCAAAGCAGAACCCAGUGAAACACCCCUGCUCACUGUCCAGAACCCCCAGGCCAAGGGGUUGCACAAAACAUCCCAGGAAAAGACAGGGAGAGGGGCAGGCCGGACUGCCAACAAAGAAGCUGAACCCGGUCCGGACCCCACGGGGGUAGGGGUGCGGGAGAGACCACCCUACUCCUCCUGAGGCCCCCUCCGCGCCGGUACCAGGAGGCUCCCCAGAGUAAUCUCCCAAUGUUCCUGCAGGUGGUGAGGAAGGAGGGGAGGGUCCUAUUGUGUCUGGUUUAGGAAAAGCUUACGAUUUUCACCUUAAAACCUCUACGCCCUGCAGCCUGAGAAGAGGUCAUGUAACAGGAGUGCUCACAGCAGAGGCCCGCAGAGGGCGUCAGGUGAGCAACUGCACCUGGAGGGGCCGGGAGUGGCGGGGAAGGGGCUGCAUCAGCCUCGGUCUGCAGGGCGGGAGGGAGCCCCAGACAGGUGUGGGAGCAGACUGUAGGGAUCCUGGGGGGAGCCAGGAGGCCACCCCUACCUCGGCGCCUAGGGUGGAAUGUGGCUGCGGGUGGCAGCCCCGGCCAGGCCUGCAGGGAACAGAGUCCCAGGACAGAAGCCGUGAGCUGGGCGCAGGGGGUGCUUGGGCAGCUGUGCCCCUGCCCCUGGGUCGGACUUGGCUCCUUAAGUUGGGGCAGAAAGAAGCCAGGGCCCCCAGGGAUGUUGCCUCUGUGGACUCUGGCGGGCGGUCAGUGGCAGAGGCCUGACACUGGCUCCCCUGAACCCUGGGCUGGCCAAGGGGGUGCAAUCCCCUGUCCCUGGAUGGGAGGAGGCCUGCCUUCCUAUUAAGGCCGGGCAGAGCCCAGGGGAAGAGGAAGCUGUGCUCUCUCGCCUCCCCUCCCUCCUGGGGCCUGACCCGCCCAGGGCUGUGCAAGACCCUGCCAUAUACCACAGAAGCGGGAGUGUGAGCAGGGCGGGGCUGCACACGUGAAACUGCCCCUCACACGAAGGGGACAGGCAGGAGGGGUAGGCAUGCUCAGGGGUGACCCUCAGGCCCCCCAAGUAUGGCUCUGUCUGCAGGGCACCUCGCCUGCUCCCAGAUUUUGCUCGAAUCUUUUUUUUUUAAUUUUUUUUUCCCGGGGGAGGUAAUUAGACUUAUUUAUUUUCUUAGUGGAGGUGCUGGGGAUUGAACCCAGGACCUAAUGCAUGCUAGGCAUUCACUCUACCACUGAGCUCUACCCUUCCCCUGGCUCCAAUCUUCUUGAUGUUCCAUCUGCCCUGGGGCCCUGCUGGGGUGAGCCAGAGCCCUCCAGACCCUGGUCUCAUGGGGGCUCCAGCCGGGACCCAGGGUCACAAUUGGCCCCCUCCCUCUGUGCCUCCACCUGCCUGGGGCUGGGGCCAUCUAUGCUGCAGGUCCCGUUGCUUUGUCCUGUUCUGUCCCUCAGCCCUGAUCUGAGCCGGGGGUGCAGCGGACGGCCCCUGGGCCGCCCACCUUGGGCUGCUCUUCCUGCCCAGAUCUGGUUGCUGGGACCCCAAGUGGAGUGUGGAGCCUCUGGAAAUUCAGGGAUUGGGGAGGGAACUCCCAGACCUCCCGCCAGGUGGAAAGGGACUGUUGCCUUGAAAGGUGGGGCAAGGCACUCCGUGACUUCAGGAGGGAGGAAUGCAGAGGAUGCUGGGAGUGCCCACUGCCUGCCGGCAGCACCAUGACCCCCAGACGCAGGUGGAGGUGAGCAGGGAAGGGAGGCAGCAGGGCUUCUGGCGAGGGGUAGGGGAGCUGUGGCCACUGGGCCAAGGGUCUCUGAUGCUAGUGAGGCCAUGUGGUGGGCGACAUGGCUGUCCUCUGUCCAGGCCGUCCUCAGAAGGGAUGCCGGGGCCGGGGGGCAUUGCAGAUGAGUGGGAGCAGGCCUCCCUCUUAGACUGGCCAUCCCUGCUCUGGCUGCUGGGCGGCCCCUGGGUCCGGCCUGCAGGGUCACUGGCCACAGGGCAGAGGCAUAGGGAGACGUCUGCCCACAUGGGGGCCUCUGUGGCUGCUGGAUAAGAGCCCCCAUGUCAGCAGGGGUGUCCCAGGUCAAGGCUGCCCGAGGACCCCCAACCCACCAUCUUGAGCCCACUGAAGCCCCCAGCUGCGGGAAGGAGUGGGGAAGAGGUGGGGCUUACCGGGUCUGAGAUGGGCUCUCCAGGAGGGAGGUGGGGGGUGGAGGAUGGAGGGGUGGGGCCAGGAAGGGGAAGGCAGAUUGCUCCUUUCCCUGACACGGAGCCUGGGGCCUCAUGAGGCCUUGCUGACUUGGAGGAAUGGUGCUGUUUGCCGUGGCUUAUCCGCCCCCCUCGGUCCAGGAAGGAGGACCCUGAGAAAGCUAAGGAAACCCUCUUCCCUGCCUGAUGGGGAGGACCAACCGUCUCUGGACCGGGCUUGGUUACCAGAGCAAACCUGAGGCUCACUCUGCAGGGAGGGGACUGGACCAGGGGACCCCGGGGACAGAGGGGAGGAGCACCCCCCUACUGCCUCGGGCCUGGGGCCAUGGGAGGGUCAGUGACCACUUCUCUCACGGGGCUGGGACUGGUCAGCACCUCAGACCCAGCAGCUUCUUGGAGUAGCCACACCGUCAGGCCAGUGUGCAUCUGAAAUCCUCCACAGGGCGUCACCCCUGUGCCAGACUCCCCACGGGAGAGCUACCGGGUGGGCAGUGACUUGGAGGUGGCUGAUGCCCUGGGCUUCGUCGGCCAGUGAGGUGUGAGGGGUAGCGAGGAGCAGGUGAGAUGUGCUCUUGUCCGCCGCGUGUCCCGGUGCUGGCCAGGCCCAGAGCACACGCCCUGCAGGGGCGAGGAUGUCAGUGCCCCAGGGACCUGGUGAGGGUUGGAGUGGUGCAUGCAGAACUUCUGUCUCUGUGUGUCUGGAUUCUUUUUCUCACCCCCCCACCAUAGAAGAGAAAUACAUGGUGCUGGCCUCCAGCUCCCCAAAGACCCUCCUGGAACCCCCACCAAGGAUGGAGACAGGGCCUUAGCCUUCUCUUCCACCCUUUCAGUUGAGGGUUUUGAGAAUACAGUCUCCCUGCAUUCCAAGAUGCAGCCCCUGCCCCCCGGUUCCUGCAAGGCGAAGUGUGGCCUGCAGAAGCGCCAGCCUCUCAGAAAGGGGUGGGAAGGUCCUGAGCCUUUCCUAGGUGCCAUUAGGCCCGCUACACCAGUCACUGGUGGGGGGCUCAGACCAGGCUGGGUCAGCUGGCAUGCAGAGGGUCCUGUGGGAAGGGUCCCCAAAGCCAUGGUGAAGCCCAGAGGGGCAGGGGGUUGUGACUCCCUGCUCGAGGCUGGCCUGGAGGUGGCCACCCCCCAUGCCGUGGGGACUUUGUCUUCCCUUAUGGACUUAACAGUUAUAAAAAUGCUGCACACAUUUCCCUCAGUCUGUUUUCUAAUAUAUUUAUUUCUCUAAGGAAGAGAUGUCCUUUCAUGGAGUAAAAUCUACUCAAUUUUUUGUUUAUUUUCUACUGAGGGAGCAGGACCCUGUGGCUCUGUUAGGCAGUUAGAUAGAAAUGAACACUGGGCAGGGGGAGAGGAAGGGGUAAGGAACAACCCAGAAAAUAACAGUAUGUCUGCUCUCAGGGUAAGGGACUCCAGAAACUUUUACUUUCUCAAAAUGAGGGCCAGCAAAAGAAGCCAGUUAAAGUCAAAACGCUGCAGCUGCGUAUAAGAGAAGGACCCGGCAUAACUUGACCCAAUGUUCAUUGUAAUGUAAUUAACAUUACAGUUUGAGCCCCUUCCCUUAGGUUUCUCUGUGUGCUUUAUGGGUGAGAACCUGCCCAAAAGGGGAUGGGUGUGCCAGAGCACAAGGAACCUGAGCUGUCAAUCAGCUUGAUCACUCAAAGAAACUGAGCCUUUAAUCAAUCACAAAAAUGCCCCUAAGCCAGGACAUAAGACGGAAAAACAAAGGAGUGGUGCCAUUUUUCCCUCUCUUCGAUUGGCCCGCUCCCAGUUCUCUGGAGGGUACUGUCUUUUACUACCUUUUCACUUUACUAAUAAAAAUCUUGCUUAUAUCACACUUUCUGUCUCUCAUUAAAAGUUCUUUUUUUCUGAAAACAAACAACCCAAUCCGAAAAUGGAUAGAAGACCUAAACAAGCAAUUCUCCAAGGAAGACAUACAAAUGAUCAAUAAGGACAUGAAAAAAUGCUCAGUAUCACUAAUUAUCAGAGAAAUGCAAAUCAAAACUACGAUGAGGUAUCACCUCACACCAGCCAGAAUGGCCAUCAUUCCAAAGUCCACAAAUGACAAAUGCUGGAGAGGCUGUGGAGAAAGGGGAACCCUCCCACACUGCUGGUGGGAAUGCAGUUUGGUGCAGCCACUGUGGAAAACCGUAUGGAGAUUCCUCAAAAGACUAGGAACAGACUUACCAUAUGACCCAGGAAUCCCACUCCUGGGCAUAUAUCCAGAAGGAACCCUACUUCAAAAUGACACCUGCACCCCAAUGUUCAUAGCAGCACUAUUUACAAUAGCCAAGACAUGGAAACAGCUUAAAUGUCCAUAGACAGAUGACUGGAUAAAGAAGUGGUAUAUUUACACAAUGGAGUACUAUUCAGCCAUAAAACCUGACAACACAACGCCAUUUGCAGCAACAUGGAUGUUCCUGGGGAAUGUCAUUCUAAGUGAAGUAAGCCAGAAAGAGAAAGAAAAAUACCAUAUGAGAUCGCUCAUAUGCAGAAUCUGAAAAAAAAAACAAACCAUAAAUACAAAACAGAAAUAGACUCAUAGACAUAGAAUACAAACUUGUGG